AUGGCAACCGCGAUGGCCUACAGCAAAGAUGCUGCGGCGAGUAGCAGUGCGGGACCAGUGAGGAAGAAGCUCAAGACUUCAGACAUACCUCUAUCUUCUGCGACGCGACUUUCGAUUGAUGAGCUUGCACACAAGUUUAAGAAGAAGGGAGGCUACGAUUCCUUGCGUAAGCAGGUUUGGGAAGAUCUGGAAAAAACAGAAUUUGAGAAAGAGUUCACGGAAUCUUUACUUCAGGUCGCUGAAGACGAAAUCGAAAAGAACCCAUCCCAACUUCUUAAAUUAGAGCGCGGCAAAGCAGCAGCUUUGAUUGAGGGUGCAGUUGAUCGAGCAGGUGUCUACCAAACCGCAGAAGCACGAAUCGAUACUUUGAUCGAUGCACAUAUUGAGGACAUUGAAACGGGAAUCAGAGCGCUAAGAAGAGAAGAUGUUGGCGAGGAAGUGGCUGCUGCAGAGCAUGCCAGGGGUGGCAAGACUGAUGAGCAGUAUGCUGAGGAUGCAGCGAACAGAAGAGACGCUAGGGAGAAGGUCAGACAGGAGGCUCGGGCGAAGGAGCUGGCUAUCAUCGACGAGAAGCGGAGAGAGGAAAGGGCUAAGAGAAAGGAGCAAGAGAAGAGAGAGGAGGCUGAACAGGAGAGGAGGCGGGCAGAGAGAGAAGCCCGGCGUAAGGCUGAGAGAGAAAGGGAAGAAGAAAAGGAGAGGGAACGAGAGCGUGAUCGCGAACGUGAACGCGAACGUGAACGCGAGCGGGAUAGGGACAGAGAUAGAGAUCGGGAUCGGGACAGGGACAGGGACAGGGACAGAGACAGGGACAGAGAUAGGGAUCGUGGACGAGAUAGAGAUCGAGACCGAGACGAUCGAUACAAGCGACACGACGAACCUCUUGUUCGUCGAGAUUCGACCAGGGAGGUCAAGGAAUCAUCCGCUAACCCAGAGUUGUCGAAAGAGGAGAUUGAUCGUCUUGAGCAAGAAGCGCUGAAUGACCUCUUGAAGGAAGGCAAAAGAUUGUCACAACGUUCGAGGCAUCAACUGGAAGUCGAUAUCGACGAAAGUCUGGCACCGCCCCCAAAGAAAGCUACACCAGCCUCUGCUAUCAACCCUAUCUCUCGAGACUCGCCAGUUAAAUCCGAUGUCAAGAAGUCAAUAGCACCCCCGACUGGACCGAAAGCGGAUGCAUUCAAGACGCCACACCUACCUCAUGACAGAUCCGACGAUAGAAGGAGGAGCCGGAGCCGUGACCGAGGAUCCAGGAGAUCUAGCCGGAGUCGGAGUCGACGACGCCAUGAUAGUAGAGACAGGGAUUCCCGGCCUCGCCGUCGAGAUAGUCGAGAGGAUAGACGGAGACGUUCCAGAGACCGAAGUUACUCACCUGACAGACGCCGCAGCUACCGAAAUGAUAGCCGGAACCGUGAGAAGCGCGAUCGUGACCGAAGCCGUGACCGAGUAAGACCUGCUAGCCCUCCCCCAAGAGAUUCAGACCUGGAGAAAUGGAAAGUUGCUGAAGCCAAGAAGCGUGAAGAACAGGCCAAGGCAUACAAGAUAGCCCAGGAAGAAGCCCGGAAGAAUGGCCUACCAGUUCCCGGAUGGUCCGAUCGCUCUAAGAGAGAAGAUGGUUCCCCAUCAAGACGCACUGAUGACAAUCGAGUUGCUAGCCCUGUUUCAGCCCGAAAGAGAGACGGCUCUCGUGAAAGAGACCGCGAUCGAAGUUCCCGUGCUAGAAGUAGGUCCAGGUCACCAGUUGGUAGACGUGGAAGCCGCAUCGAGAGAUCUACAAGUCCUGUCAACAUUGAUCGUUAUGUCCCUGGUGCAGGAAGUAGAAGCACGCGUCGUGAGAGUACUGCGAAGCGAGAGAGAAGUCGUAGUCGGGACAGAGAACGUGACAAGGAUAGAGAUUCCCGUCGACCGAGGGAGGACGAGAAGACUCGUAGACGAAGUCGAUCAAGAAGCAGAAGCCGUCGUCGUGAUAGAGACAGAGAUAGGGAUAGGACGAGGGCUAGAUCCAGAAGUCGAAGCCCCUACACGAAGCGAGAGCGAAGGGAUAGAAGUCGAAGUCGUGAUAGGGAUCGGGACAGGAGACGAGACCGAUCUAGAAGCAGGGAAAGGGAUCGAGAUAGGAAGCGAAGUGACCGUAGCCGCAGUCGUGGUAGCAGACGAGAGUCUUCCAGGCGGGAGUAA